AUGGCCGAGUCUAUUACAGAGGGGACGGUGGGGAGACUCAACAAGACUGUUGGGGAGUUUAUUGGAGCCGACGAGGAGCUCGCGGCGAUUGAGACGGAUAAGAUUGAUGUCUCGGUGAAUGUGCCGCGGGGGGGUGUUGUAACAGCAUUACUUGUUGGGGAGGGGGAUACCGUGCGUGUUGAUCAGGAGAUUGCGGAGGUUAUACCGGGUGAUGAACAGAGAGGAGAUUGGGAGGAAGACGUGAAGGGUGGUAAUGUGCCCAGCGAGGCUGGGAAAGAGAGCCGCAAAGACACCGUCAAGGAUCUGGAUACACCGACCACGGUAGAGAGCGGAAAGACCCAGUCUACUCCUGAACAGACCGAUGUGUCUCGAGUAGAGGAAGUGGUAAAAAUGCCACGCAUCCGCCUCGCCACCGCAAAACGGCUAAAAGAGUCACAAAACACCACCGCAUACCUAACAACAUUCAACAAAGUCGACAUGUCGAAACUGCUACAGUUCCGGAAGAAAAGCAAGGAGGCUGUGCUCGAGAAACACGGCGUCAAGCUGGGUUUCAUGGGCCCCAUGGCGCGCGCGUCGGCAUUAGCGCUGAAGCAGAUACCGGCCGUGAAUGCGUCUAUUGAGGGCGAGGAUACGAUUGUGUAUCGCGAUUAUGUUGAUUUGAGUGUUGCGGCGGCGAUUCCGAAGGGUCUUGUCACGCCUGUGCUGAGGAAUGUUGAGACGAUGGGGGUUUUGGAUAUUGAAAGGGGCAUUGCAGAACUGGUGAAGAAGGCUCGUGAGGGCAAGUUGACAAUGUCCGAUCUCACUGGGGGUACCUUUACCAUCAGUAAUAGCGGUAUCUGGGGGUCGUUAUUCGGUACACCCAUUAUCAAUCUGCCUCAGACAGCUGUGCUGGGGACGUAUGGGAUUCAGGAUCGACCAGUGGCUGUUGAUGGACGGGUUGAGAUUCGACCGAUGAUGUAUAUUGCAUUGACAUAUGAUCAUCGUAUCAUUGAUGGACGGGAAGCAGUGGUAUUCCUGAACCUGAUUAAAAAUUACCUUGAGGACCCAGAGAGUAUGUUACUUGCGUAG